CACGCGGUGCCUAUUUAGGGGCGCGGGCCAGCGGGAAAGCCACCGUGUGAUGAGCAGCUCCCGAGCGGCCGCACGGUGCCGGUGCCGGAGGGGAACAUGCCGCAGUGCGACACGGGCUCGCUGGCGCGGGACGGCACGCGGGGACCGGUCAGCUCCGCGGCGGCAUCCGGAGCCCUCCCGAAGCGGGUGAAGGUGGUGGAGGUGGGGCCGCGCGAUGGGCUCCAGAACGAGAAGAACGUUGUUCCGACACCGGUGAAAAUCAGUUUAAUCAACAUGUUGGGCGAGACGGGGCUCCAGGUCAUAGAGGCAACCAGCUUUGUGUCCCCCAAGUGGGUUCCUCAGAUGGCUGACCAUACCGAAGUCAUGCAAGGAAUCACCCAGCUGCCUGGUGUGAGUUACCCUGUGCUCACCCCGAACCUGAAGGGAUUCCAGGCUGCGGUGGCAGCGGGAGCCAAAGAAGUGUCCAUCUUUGGGGCAGCAUCUGAGCUCUUCACCAAGAAGAACAUCAACUGCUCCAUAGAUGAGAGUCUGGAGCGGUUCAGUGAAGUGAUGGCAGCAGCGAGAGCAGCCAACAUUCCUGUCCGUGGAUACGUUUCCUGUGUCCUUGGCUGUCCCUACGAGGGGAAGAUUUCUGCAGCUAAAGUUGCAGAGGUCUCGAAGAAGAUGUACUCCAUGGGAUGCUAUGAGAUUUCCCUCGGUGACACCAUUGGCAUUGGGACCCCGGGGAGCAUGAAGGAGAUGCUGACAGCUGUCAUGAAGGAGGUGCCAGUUGGGGCUCUGGCUGUUCACUGCCACGAUACCUACGGGCAGGCUCUUGCCAACAUCUUGGUAGCACUUCAGAUGGGUGUGAGCGUGGUUGAUGCUUCCGUUGCUGGCCUUGGAGGCUGCCCCUAUGCCCAAGGAGCAUCGGGAAACGUUGCCACGGAGGACUUGGUGUACAUGCUGCACGGGCUGGGCAUCCACACGGGUGUGGAUCUGCAGAAGCUGAUGGAUGCGGGCACGUUUAUUUGCAAUGCUCUCAACAGACGAACCAAUUCCAAAGUGUCCCAGGCCUCUUGCAGACUGUGAUACCAAAUGGAGUUUCUCCUUGGACCAAGAAGAAAGCAAGGAUCCAGGCUGGCUGGGUUUCCCCUCUGAUCAUGGGUGCCCUUUCCAGACUCAGUGCUUGGGAGGAAAUGCGUAAUCCACCAGAAUCAGUGACGAAAUGAGAAGAAACAAACCCCAGGACUACUGUGUGCAACCUUGAUGCCAUCAGCCAUCUGCCUUAGGGAAGGGAGGAUGCGGUGGGCUGAGGGAGCCACAACCCGUGCCUGGGAGCUGUGGUCUCCAGCACCAGCUCAGAACAGGGUCUGGUGACUUCUGCCUUGAGAGUGUGUUGCCGUCAUGCUACCAGCAGGGGAUAAAGCACAGCUUUUGCCAUUAGAGCCGGUCUCCAGGUCAGGCUCGACCUCUCUUCCCUUCUCUCUCCUCACUACAGAUGCUAAGGCUGAAACCAAAGGACUCCCCUUCCUCAUUCAGGUGCCAGGGGCAGCCUUGGACCUUCUGCCUUAGUGUUUAGGGGCUGUCGUAAUGGGCUGUAUCUGUUGUAAGGUACUUCUAACUACCGGGAGUAAUGAACACCUUAUUUAAUAUUCUAAACUGUUAGAAAUUGAGUAGAAUUAAAUGAGCUAAGGAGCUUU